CGUUUGAACAGCAGGAAAUAAGCUGUCGGUCGACAACUACUUCCGUUUGUGCUAUGCAAUUUUAGUAUGUUACGUAGUAACGGUAGACAGUGUUAUUUCAAUGUUUACUGGUUUCCGCUUUAGUUGUUAUUAGUUUUGUUUUUCCUUUACGGGUACGGUGGACGGCCGUGCCAUGAACUGUUGUGUCAGGGUUCUGUGGUCCUUUCUUCUUUUGCUGCCAGUUAUCACCGAAGCCAUAGAACCUAUAAGUGUUGGUAUUGCUAUCACGUUGGCCUCAGCUCUUACUGGUUUUCUUUCGCACCGCAACUUCUAUUGCAACUUUUUAGAUUGCUGCAGUACAGAAGAAGCUCUCAAUAGCACAGCUCUGAGAGAGAAAUUACAUGAAAAUGUCUUUGGGCAGCAUCUUGCAACGCAAGUGGUUAUGAAGGCUGUACCAGGUUUUAUACAUAACAGCAAUCCUAAAAAGCCCCUGACACUCUCCUUCCAUGGAUGGACUGGUACUGGGAAAAACUUCAUCAGCAGAAUCAUUGCAGAGAGCAUUUAUAAAGAUGGAAUGAAGAGCAAGUACGUACAUCACUUUGAGCCUACCUUACACUUCCCAAAUCGGGACUGCGUCAACAAGUACAAGGACCAGUUACAGGCAUGGAUUCGUGGGAAUGUCAGCUCAUGUUCACGGUCCAUCUUUGUCUUUGACGAAAUGGACAAAAUGCCUCCUGGUGUUAUUGAUUCCAUUAAACCUUUCCUGGACUAUUAUGAGCAGAUCGAUGGAGUGUCUUACAGAAAGGCUAUAUUUAUCUUUCUAAGCAAUUCAGGUGGUGACAGAAUCAAUGAGGUUGCCUUGAACUUCUGGAAAAGUGGAAAGAAUCGAGAACAGAUUCAGUUAAAAGAUCUAGAGAAUAGUCUUUCUCUGGGAGUGUUCAACAAUAAGGAAAGUGGGUUCUGGCACACCAGUUUGAUUGAAAAGAACCUUAUAGAUUUCUUUGUUCCGUUUUUACCACUGGAAUACAAACACG